AGAAAUUAUGAGGUAGAAUUGACAAAGGGACAUUCUGGUUUAUGGAAAUUAUCUGCAACCAGCAUUCUUAAAUGAGUGACUCCUAAAUAAACACAAUGCAAGCUAUUAACAAAUCAAACUCAUCUAAUCCCUAGUUAGGAGACGUAAAACUUUCACUUGGGUAACACUUGCUACCUAAUUCCUGCUCCUAGACAGAUAUUUAUACAACCUUUAACAAGUAAACCCUAAUCGUUGAGUCUAAGCUCACUGUAGAAGACUUUUAGGUAGAAUUUCUCAAAUCAGUCCUACAUAACACACACACACAUAGAGAAAGAGCGAGACCUCGGGAUCUAGAUGGCACUGAUGUACUAGAUCAUCAAGUGAGGGAAUUAGAAGAGCAUGAGAGGUGGCUGGAGUCACUGCACUGCAAAGGAACUCUACAUACCGAAGAAGAGUCCCAUGACAGCUGUCAAACUGCUUGCUGACCAUCUUAAUAUAAGGAGCAUCUGCAUUUAUGACAACCCUGCAUAAGAUCAUAAAAUUAGGUUAAGUCCUCAACAAAUCACCAGUUUUGCAUUAGACAUCUUCUCAGCCUACCAUAUUUGCCCAGCAUUUUUUUUUUAUUUAUUGAUUGGCUGCCCAGCAUAAAAUUUAACUUCCUGGUACUAACAACUGAUUAAGAAAACCUAGUACUCAUUUGUACAAGCAAUAAUUGCUAUAUAAGGGUUUGAGUAUCCCUUGUACUUAACAUAUAUAAAUUAACUUAUUGCUCAUAAAAAAAAUUGAUUAAGAAAACCUUUAAGAACAAAAAACUGAUGUGAAAGGGGGAACCAGUGUAUAUUGUUUGAGGAGGAAAAAAAAAGAAAAAAACAUUACAGCAUGGAAUAAGUUAUCCUUGAUGAA